CCAUGUAAUCCACCACACAAACCACCGAAACCAAGUCACCAGUUGAUUUUCGCUACGUACGAUCCUAGCCGUAAUGUAAUUGCCGAUCUCGUCUCGUCCGGCCCAAUGAAGUCCGGGAUUUUCUGGUGGAGCGGUGGAGGAAGGUGUCAAACGGAAAGAUCACUAGAAUUCUUAGCAUCUAAUACGUCACUGGCGAGCUUGGCCGGUUUCGUGUGACCGAAAUCAUUCAUAACCGCGACAUUCCUCGUCUGCUCCUUCUAAUUCUUCACCGCACAUCCAAAGGAAUUCCAUCCAUCUACUACCGUUUCCAUCUCAAUCGACCUCUUUACCACAUCCCAAACACCAUCCAAGCAACCACAAUGGCCACUCUUCACUACCUCCCCCCCGUCAAGCCCUCCGCCAUCGCCAUUGGCACCCUCUUCAACCACGCCACCUCCCUCGCCGUUCUCACCCCCCUCUUCGGCGACACCUACCGCCGCGCCGAGGCCGCCAACUCCAAGGAAGACUUCUUCAAAUCAAAGGAGGCCGCGUCCGCCGCCUCCGCCUGGGGCACCUCGCUUGCCGGCUCCGCCCUCCAGUCGUAUGGCGUGGGCGCGCUCAUCAACGCGACCGGCACGCUGACGUAUAAGGGCGCGGCGUAUCUUGGGGGGUUGAUUUUCUGCGCGAGCACGGCGCCGGGACUCAUCUCGCAAUUCUUCCUGGAGAAGCGCCCCGUCGACACGCUUGCUGUCGGUGCGCUGGCUCGCGUGUUCGAGACCGUCGGACUCAGCUUGGUUAUGACCUACUGGGGCACCCGGACCAACCCUUUUGACUAA